CCUAGCUAGUCUCUCUCGGCCCAGGCGCGAGCUCACACAGCCAUCGUCUCUCUCGAGCCGUCGCUGAAGCCAAAAAACCGAGCGAGCUGCGCUACUAGGCAAUACACGCAGUUUCCGGCGAUGUCGGCGGCGGCGGCGGCUACUGAUGGGACGUACUCUCCGGCGGCGGCCGCGGGGGAAAAGCGGAGGGAGAGGAAGGAGGAGCUGCGGCGCCACCUCGCCGAGGACGCCGACUGGCCCCGCGCCGACGGCCGCUCCUUCCACGACUGCCGUCCCGCAUUUAUGCAAACAGGACCAACAACUGCCGCAUCAGGAUCUGCUUAUGCAGAAUUUGGGAAGACAAAGGUCAUUGUGUCAGUGUUUGGACCAAGAGAAAGCAAGAAAGCAAUGUUGUACAGUGAUACCGGUAGACUCAAUUGCAAUGUGAGCUACACAACAUUUGCCACCCCUAUACGUGGACAGGGAAUGGACAACAAGGAGUACUCCGCAAUGCUCCAUAAAGCCCUGGAAGGCGCAGUGAUGCUACACACUUUUCCAAAAACCACUGUUGAUGUCUUUGCGUUGGUUCUUGAGUCUGGUGGCAGUGAUCUUCCCAUCAUUAUUUCUUGUGCUAGUCUUGCGUUGGCUGAUGCCGGAAUCAUGAUAUAUGACCUUGUUACAUCGGUAUCUGUGUCCUGUUUCGGGAAGAACAUUAUCAUCGAUCCAACCUCUGACGAGGAAGCAUGGCAAGACGGCAGCAUUAUGGUGGCGUACAUGCCAGCCCGCAAGGAGAUCACUCAGCUAACACUUACUGGAGAGUGGUCUGAUGGCAAAAUCACCAAUGCGGUAGAGCUCUGCAUGGAUGCUUGUAGUAAGCUCUGUGACAUACUACGGGAGCGCUUGAAAGAUGCUGCCAGCUUGGCUGAGUGAAUAAUUGCUUUAGCAGCGAGAUGUCCAAGACUUAAAACAUAUCCUUAGCUGUACAAAUUUUGUAGGCAAGGGAGGAGGCUAAGGCCUGAUGUUUGCGAGAUUACAUGAUUAUGCUGAUUGUUUACUUCAUGGCAAAGCAGCUAAUUGUUCUGAGAGAAAGUAGCAUGGUUUGUAUAUUGUUUUGUACUCCUGACCUUCAGACUUGUAAACAUUGGGAUGAUGCAUUGACGCGGCACUCCUGUCGUUAUUCGUUUCAUGUAUUAUGCUAUCUCAUAGUACUACACUAGUUUCUUGGCUUUCCUAA